AUGCAGCGCUCCACGCGCAGAUCUGCUGCUCGCAAUGCGCUCGAGUGGGACGCAGACGACGUGACGGCCAUUCUCAACGAAGAGGCAGCCCACUCAAUGCAAAGCUCUCCUAGGAAGCAGAAGAGCGAAUCUCGUGGCGCGUCCGAUGCCUUGACCGCCUCGACAAAGCGCAGCCGAAUCGAACAACCUGUCCCGUCUGCCUCUGAUGUGGUUAUGGCAACGACUGCAAGCCCCUCCCGGCGCAGAUCCGGAAGACUACAGGCGCGGAAAUCCCUCUCAGCACCUACCUUUCUCAAUAGACGCGACCUGUUCGAGAUCCCUGACGAUGCGGAAACGAACUCUAGGGAAAUGGCGCUGCUAGGACCGUUGAAGAAGCUCAGGGCGCUCAAUCAACGACCGCAAGACACCGCAUCGCCUUUCAAAGGCAAGGGCGUGUUAGAAACCAGGACAAAUGCACUGGUAAACUUGGACGAUUCUCCUAGAAAGCGGCCUGUAAGGAGGAGGAUUGAGAGGAUUGGCCGGUCUCUCCAUAAACCCCAACGUGCUAGCAAGCUGAAGGAAACGACUGCAAUUACUGAUCGUGAGCCUUUUGACGGUGAGGAUCUUUUCGAAGCCUCUCGAAGAGAAGGGCAAGACCAAGCUCCACCAGAACAAGAGCUAGAACUUUCAGAAGAAGCUCCAACAAAUGAGGUGGUCCAAAAUCGGCCUUCUAAAGAGUCACACCGGCCCAAAAUACAACAGCCUGCACAUCAGCCUGUUGAAUCUGGGACGGAUGCAGGCCUCGAGAUUGGACAAAAUCAACCGCCCGGCGCUGGACCAUUGAACCCACUCGUUGAAAUUGCCAAGCAGGCCCUGGCUGAGGCAAUACCCGAACCUCAUAUCCUUGUUGAGGCGAUCGAAGAAGGCCGAAGGGACACAACGGACAACGCUGACCAAGGACAAGAAUCUGCCAAACCUACAACGCAACAAAGUCGGCGCCCGCGAACUCAAGCUGACCGCGAUGCCGCAGAACAGACUGUGGCAGAGGCCGAAGCUAAACGAGAACGGUUGGUUAAAGCGGCAUUGUCAGGGAUCGAGAUAGCAGUGCGAGUUCAUGACUGCAUGGAUGCUUGGACGGAGUCCCUGGUCGCAGCCGCUGAAGUCGUCGAAAGCCGCUCUUGCUCUGAGCCAGAGUCGACCGAAGGCAAAGCAUGCGCGCGCGAGUUCACAAAGCUUGCAUCUAUCUACAAGGCGAUCCGUCGUGGACACCCCGGGUCUCCUCAAGGACUGGAACGUGAAAAACGGGAAACGCUGCGCCUGUUGAGGCGACGAUGCAAACAUAUCUGUGACUACCAUUAUCGACCCGAUAUGCGUUUCGACCCCAAGCGGAAAAGAAUGGUUCGUGACUUAUAUGAGCACUUGAUUCCUACGUCGUUGGACCUGGCCAAGCGGGCCCUCAGGACUUUGUUUCAAAACGAUGGGCUCAGCGUAACAGCGUUGAGAGAACUCUGCCAGCUCCUGAAUAUCACAUCCAAGCUGGUGAGAAGCGCCCAGGCUUGGACUCCGAGACCUGUGCUAGAAAAUGCGGUCAAAAGCAAGACACAUUCCAAUAUCAAGGUCCACGUGGGAAAUAUCGUGAAGAACUAUCUUCGCGCGGUCGACGAGGAUGAACGAGAGAGAUUUGUUGACGAGCUUGCAUGUCAACAGAAGGAAAACCUGGAAAAACAGCAGGCUGAGGACCGGCGGAGAAGAGAAGCCGCAUUGGCAAAACAUCGACAAUAUCACUAUUCUUAUGUUGGUGUGGCGAGUCCGAAUGAGCCAGUUCCUAGCUCACAAUGCCAGCUCAUUGAUAUUGACGACAUAUCUAUUGGCGAGGAAUAUGUCCUGCCAGCGUCUAGCCGCAGACAAGACACCGGCUCUCUCAAUGGCACGGCUGUGCGCGUCAGACCGAGGAUCAGACGAGAACCUACGGAGGAGAUUCCCCCACCAGAUGAGACGGAAUGGAAUGAAUGUGAGUUGAUCGUGUUGGUCAACGCCUUGCAAGAGUACACCGGCGAGUCAAGAUGGGAGGAUAUCAUCGACGCUUACGGUGGGCCGGGAGGUAGUCUGGAGAAAUACGACAUGGAUCAGCUGAUGGCGAAGGCCCGAUGGGUGAAGCAGACCAUGGCGAGACAGUUGGAACAUGAGCUGGAUGAGUCCUGGGACUGGUUGAGGAGUGUUCCUGGUUGA